AUGGACGUGAAGAGCACCAAGAACUUUGUGUUCUGGCUGUUCUGCCAGUUCGAGCUGAUCACCUGCAGUUACCUCAUGGAGCCCUGGGAGAAGGUUCUCUUCUACUCCUUCAACCUCUCCAUGGUGGGGAUGUUGUUCUACACCACCUACGUCUGCGUCGCUGCCCAGCUCAGCCCAGCCCUCCAGUUCCUCUGGCAUUUGCUUGGAAACCAGCAGGAAAACGCUGUUUCUGCUGUGAAGUAA